UUCCGCGACGAAAUGGAUAGUUAUUUGAGUAACUUCGACGUCAAAUCCAAACAUGCUUCAGAAGAAGCCUUGGAAAAAUGGAGGCAAGUUUGUGGUUUCGUCAAGAAUCCCAAACGGCGCUUUCGAUUCACUGCCAACCUCUCCAAACGUUACGAGGCUGCUGCAAUGCGUCGCACCAAUCAGGAAAAAUUGAGAAUUGCUGUACUGGUUUCAAAAGCUGCUUUUCAGUUUAUCUCUGGUGUACAGCCUAGUGAUUAUGUUGUUCCUGAAGCAGUCAAAGCUGCUGGUUUUCAACUUUGUGCUGAUGAGUUAGGAUCCAUUGUGGAAGGCCAUGAUGUGAAGAAACUAAAGUUUCAUGGUGGAGUAGAGGGCAUUGCUGAAAAGCUCUCCACAUCAACAGCCAAAGGACUAACUGCUGAUACCGGUUUGUUGAAUAAAAGGCAAGCGAUUUAUGGAAUCAAUAAGUUUGCUGAGGCCGACGCUAAGGGAUUCUGGGUAUUUGUCUGGGAAGCUCUUGAGGAUAUGACCCUUAUGAUCCUCGGGGUGUGCGCUAUUGUGUCGUUGGCCGUAGGAAUAGCAAUGGAAGGUUGGCCGGACGGAGCUCAUGAUGGACUUGGGAUCGUCGCAAGUAUCUUAUUGGUUGUAUUCGUCACGGCGAUGAGCGAUUAUCGCCAAUCUCUGCAGUUCAAGGAUUUGGACAAGGAGAAAAAGAAAAUCACCAUUCAGGUAACAAGAAAUGAUUGUAGACAGAAAAUGUCCAUAUAUGAUUUGCUUCCUGGUGAUAUUGUACACCUUAAUAUUGGUGAUCAAGUCCCUGCUGAUGGCCUUUUCGUAUCGGGUUUUUCCGUGCUAAUCGAUGAAUCAAGUUUAACAGGGGAGAGUGAGCCGGUAUUUGUGCAUGAUACAAACCCUUUUAUGCUUUCUGGUACUAAGCUUCAAGAUGGAUCAUGCAAGAUGCUGGUUACCACUGUUGGGAUGAGAACUCAAUGGGGUAAACUGAUGGCAACCCUCAGUGAAGGGGGAGAUGAUGAGACACCACUGCAGGUGAAAUUGAAUGGAGUAGCAACCAUUAUAGGGAAGGUAGGUCUGUUUUUUGCUGUAGUGACUUUUUCUGUAAUGAUUCAAGGACUGGUAGUGAGUAAAGUGCAAGAAGGGACUAUCUGGAACUGGUCUGGCGACGAGUUACUGAAACUGCUGGAGUUCUUUGCUGUUGCAGUGACAAUUGUUGUUGUUGCAGUUCCAGAGGGUCUACCAUUGGCAGUGACUCUGAGCCUUGCUUUUGCCAUGAAGAAGAUGAUGAAUGAUAAAGCACUAGUUCGACACCUUGCAGCUUGCGAGACUAUGGGGUCAGCAACGAGUAUUUGCAGCGAUAAAACUGGGACACUAACCACUAAUCGCAUGACCGUCGUGAAAUCAUGCAUUUGCAUGAAUGUCAAGGAAGUAAGUAACAUCGAUAAAGCUUCUUUCUGCUCUGAAAUUCCAGAAUCUGCUGUAAAACUUCUUCUACAAUCAAUUUUUCUGAACUCUGGAGGUGAAAUUGUUAUCGGCAAAGACGGAAAACGUGAGAUAUUGGGAACUCCCACAGAGACUGCUUUAUUAGAGCUUGGCUUGGCUCUAGGUGGAGAUCCCCAAGCAGAACGACAAGCAACAAAAACUGUUAAGGUUGAGCCAUUCAACUCUACAAAGAAAAGAAUGGGUGUAGUGCUGGAGCUUCCUGGAGCAUCAUUACGAGCACAUACUAAAGGAGCUUCGGAGAUAGUUUUGGCUGGAUGUGACAAGGUGAUCAAUUCUAAUGGACACGUUGUUCCCUUGGAUGAAAAAUCCAUGAACCACCUCAAUGGUAUAAUAAAUCAGUUCGCUAAUGAGGCUCUUCGAACCCUGUGCCUUGGCUAUAUGGAACUUGACAAAGGUUUUUCCCCUGACAGUGCUAUCCCAGUUUCCGGGUAUAUUUGUUUAGGAAUCGUGGGCAUUAAAGAUCCUGUUCGCCCUGGUGUCAAAGAAUCUGUUGCUACUUGUCGUACCGCCGGCAUUACUGUAAGAAUGGUUACCGGAGACAACAUAAACACUGCAAAGGCCAUAGCCAGGGAAUGUGGAAUUCUUACAGAUGAUGGUGUAGCCAUUGAAGGUCCGGAUUUCAGAGAGAAGACGCAGGAAGAAAUGCUUAAUUUAAUUCCUAAGAUUCAGGUGAUAGCUCGAUCUUCUCCUAUGGACAAGCAUACUCUGGUGAAGCAAUUACGAACUACGUUCGAUGAAGUUGUUGCAGUGACUGGUGAUGGAACGAAUGAUGCCCCAGCCCUACAUGAAGCAGAUAUCGGCUUAGCAAUGGGAAUUGCUGGAACUGAGGUGGCCAAGGAGAGUGCUGAUGUCAUAAUUCUGGAUGACAAUUUCACGACAAUUUUGACAGUGGCCAAAUGGGGCCGUUCAGUAUACAUAAAUAUUCAAAAAUUUGUGCAAUUUCAACUGACUGUCAACAUUGUUGCCUUAAUUGUUAACUUCUCCUCAGCAUGUUUGACAGGGAGCGCUCCUCUGACGGCUGUUCAGCUACUGUGGGUGAACAUGAUUAUGGAUACCUUGGGAGCACUUGCACUUGCAACUGAGCCACCAACCGAUGAACUAAUGAAGCGCUCACCGGUGGGAAGGAAAGGAAAUUUUAUCAGUAACGUCAUGUGGAGGAACAUCUUUGGGCAAUCUUUCUAUCAGUUAGUGGUAAUAUGGUGUCUUCAGGCAAAAGGAAAAGCAUUGUUUAAUCUCGACGGCCCUGAUUCUACCCUGAUAUUGAACACACUUAUUUUCAAUUCAUUUGUCUUCUGUCAGGUUUUCAACGAGAUAAGCUCACGAAAUAUGGAGGAAAUAGAUGUUUUCAGCGGCAUAUUAAAUAAUUACGUUUUCGUGGCUGUUCUUGGCUGCACCGCAGUUUUCCAAGUACUCAUCAUUGAAUUUCUGGGUGCAUUUGCUAGCACAACGCCGCUCACUUGUACACAGUGGUGCGUAAGUGUCCUCAUCGGGUUCCUAGGCAUGCCGAUCGCUGCCGGUUUAAAGAUGGUUCCGGUGUGAACCCUACAAAAAAAAAUGGCAGAUAUGUUGGUUUGUGAAGAACAUCAACAAAACCUUUAAAUGCCCCUCGUGGUGUAAGACUCCCUAGUGACUAUGAACCUUUUGCUCUUAUAUUUUCUUCUUUGUUGACAAUUUGCCUGAGUUUCUUUCCAUUAAAAUGGUAAAUAGAGAGUUUGUGAUCAAGAAUCUCUAUGAUCAAGUUCUUUUUUUUUCUUAAAUAUUUUGGUUUUUAUAGGCUAAGCAGUAGGUUGGUUCUUAUAUUUUUGUAUUUGUUAUUGAUUUACUUGUAUUUGGGUAAGUGUCAUAUGCUUGUAUAUGUCAUUUGCCAGACAUGAACUUUCUUAUUUCCACCCCCCAUGUUUAUAGAAUCAUAUUCCAUUCU